UGAUCCUUUUUUAUAAUUUAUACUAUUUUAUUUUUAUAUAUUAUACUUUCCUGAUUUUGUGUAAUUUUUUUAUAAUCUGUUUUAUCACUGGUUUUGAAGAGUCACAUAAAUGGACGCGAAAGCAGAUGUUGGACCUGUAGUUAGCAAAGGGUUUAUAAAAUUUAUGACAAAGUAUGGCACUCAAAAAUACGGCGUGGAUGUGUUGGAUGCGUCUUUAAGAGGCUGCAGAAUGUGGAACAAUUUCAGCUCGAAGGAGCAGGACGAGUAUCGCAGAUUGGACGAUAUAGACAUCGAUGACGAUGUUUCAGACACGUGCUGUCCCAAAAAGCGUAAGCCAGCUUGUCACAAGAAACCAGCCUGUCGCAAAAAAUCGGCCUGUCACAGAAAGAAGAAGCCCUCUUGCCGUCGUAAGCCGAGUUGCCCAAUGCGUCGCAAGCCCUCCUGCCGUCCCAAGAAAAAGUCGUGUCGGCCAAAGCCAAGGUGUGGCAGAAAGAAAAUCAGAUGCCAGCACCCCGGUCCAAUUACCAAUAAUGGCUAUCUUAACUUUCUACGCGUCUAUCGGCGCAAGCAUUGCGGCUUGAAGCCCAACGAUCUGGUCCUGAAGGCUGCACGCGCUUGGUGUCGCCUGCCCGAACACAAAAAGGAUCGCUAUCGUCGCCAAGCAUGCAAGGUCACCAAAAAUUGUCGCCACAAACGCCGUCGUGUCUGCACGGGAAAAAAAUAGAAACUUAACGCCUGCCUCGCUGGCCUCAAAAAUUAAUUUAAAAUACUUUUGCGUCCUGUGCUAAAUUUGUAGUGCUGUGGUGAAACAAACCUAAAUUUUAUUGUUUACGAAUCGAGCUGAGCUUACAGUAAAUUCAGAAAGUCUA